AUGGGUGCCACAAACCUAGCAGAUCUUUACGACGACUGUCUUUGUAAUAUACUCGAAUUUCUGACUACGGAAGAUCGCAUUAGUUUUGCUCAGGUGAGCCAGCGAUUUCGUCAGGUUUUUAUUAAUCAGUGCGGUUAUAAAUAUCGGGAUUUUACCAUUGACGAAAACAGUUUGCGUUUGGAAUUGAUACAAUUAAGCAUUUGUCGCGAGGCGGUGGAGACUUUAACAAUUGAUCUGGACCACUUUGAUACGGGACAAAGCAUAAGAACUUCCCAUAAAUGCACAACACCAGAAAAAUGCUAUGGUAUCCUCUGCCAUACCUUGACUGGCAUGAGUCAGUUAAAAAACCUGGUGAUAAAGCAGAUGAAGUUUUACAUUGCACCUAUUGACAAGCCGUUCGAUCAAGUUUUGGCCGCCGUUGGGCAUUUACCUGAACUGAAACGACUCGAGUUGCAAGCAACUCAGGACUUCAGCGUAGAUCACCUGCAUAAUCUCCAGAAUCUAGAAACCCUUCAUCUUCUCAUACCGAAGGUACCCUCUGCUUGCCUGGUGAAAUGCUUCAAGUCCAAUGGCAGUCUUCGCAGCCUCCACUUGGGCUAUGCCUGCUGUCAGAAGAAUCUUGUGGAUAUUAUUGUGACUCACUGCAAGAAUCUGGAGGUUCUCAAAUUCGGCAUAACAGCGGAGUCCGCGGAGUACCAGCCUCUGGCUAAGCUUCCCAAGCUCCGAGAGCUCUCACACUUUGGGAUCCGGCGCAGUGGCUCCUUUGAGCCACUUCUUUCGGCCCUGGCAGCCAAAUCUCAACUGACGCACCUUUCCAUCGACGGAGGAAGCCUCAGCAGCGAGGAGGCCUACCAGCUAGUACGACUCCAGAGCCUGAGGCACCUCACGUGCUUUUGCGCCACCACCGAGUGCGUGGAGAUCCUGGGACAACUCACUAACCUGGAGGAGCUCUGUCUGUGGAUGUCCCGGUCUUUGGAUAUUUCCCACAGCCUCCUCACAAUAAUUGCAAGCUGCAAAAAGCUGAAGCUUCUUCGACUAGCCGUGGGUAAUGUUAACAAACAUUUCUUUAAUGAUGCAAUAGACUUGUUACGAAUGGACGAGAGACUAGGUCAGCAGCCUCCCUUUAAGGUGGAAAUACCGGCUGUCAGUCAGAAGCAGGAUAUAUCCCACCAGAACAUUUCCGUCCAAAGAGAACGUAUUAAAUGGGGCUUAGUUCAGUGAUUUUGGAGAAGAUCUCCUAUACGUCCUAUAAUGUUUCUCAAAUUUACUAAUGGCACUCGAGGCUGAGCUUGGAGUCUGCAUUAAAAGGAAAUUUCAUGCUGCUGCUCUCUGGAAACCCGGUUAGGCCGAAACUUCUAUCUAAUCAACUUGAGAACACUCGCCUUUGCUUUUGCCUUACUCAAAGAACUUUAAAGUGUGUCGCAAAUUUCGCAUACUCAAGUGCCAAAGCGGGAACAUGAUAUGAGUAACUCAAAAAUAGUUGUGCAACUUGUGUUCGCCUUCUGGGAGAAUGAUGAAAAAUGCACUUUGUAAUUCUCGUUGCUCGUCAGUGUGUGCCACAUGCAACGUCGCCCAUCCGUCGCCCCGGCACUUAUAAAUGUCACAUUAGAGUCCCAUUCUCGGGGCUGGAAUGGGAAAAUGGGGGACAGGAGUCCCUGCUCCUGCUCGUUAUACUUUAUACUCACAGUUGCUGUAAUAUGAAUUUAUAUUCUUGUCACAUUCACAUUAUUCGUGAGAUUUCGUGUUCGGCAAACGAAGAGCUAGGGCCCUUGGCAACUGCUAAAUAAAGUGGAUUAUCCUCAAGUCCAUAAUGAAGAGCCCAGUAUUCUCCAUACUCAUUAUUAUUAUUAUUUAAAGAGUUAAAAAUCUAAUACUUAAUUUAGGUCACAAAUUAGUAAUAAAUUGGUAUAUAACAUUUAAAUGAUAAGCUAUAGAUCAGCUUACUUUUUCUUUACUCCUUCAAAUUGUAUUGCCAUUCACUCUGUAGUUUCCCAUUCAAGAACUGAGUGAAACUGUGGCUUUAAACUCCAUUUCGCAUAAAGCUGAAUAAUUCAACUGUUGCUUUCAACGAUUUCAGGGGAAAUAUCCAUAUUCCUGCCAUUGGUUCGACCCUUUUUGUUUGCCGUCUCCCUGACAGAGCAUUUAACAAGAGCGGUGCCGUAAAUCUUCUCUGGCCUCCGCCCCACCUAUAUAGACUGUGCCAAAUAGAUUGAAAUACAUUUUCGCUUUUAUGUUUCUGGGUUUUCAGGACAUUCUCUUUUUUAUUCACUUCGACUUCAUUGAGAAUUAAAGUCUGCUCCGUAGGGGAUUUUUGGAGGCAUCAGGAGUCGGCAAUUUGUCAGCCGGACGAUAAGCUGGCAUAGCCAGAACGGCGAGAGUGGAGCUCCUAAUGACCACCAUUGCCGGGGCUUUCACUUUU